UAACUUCACACUUAUUUAUAACCAACAAAUAAAGUGUCAAAGUCAAAACAAAUAACAAAACAAACUUCAUAAAAUUUAAAUUUGGGAAAAACAGUGGAUAUAAUAUUUACUUUUAAUUAUCGUUUAUUAAAGCUUUUAAAAAUGAAUGUUAUUCAGGAAAACUGUAGAUUAUGCCAAAUAUAUAUAGGAACUGUACCUCUAAAUGAAGAACUAUCUCAAAUUAUCUUUGAUGUAUCUAGAAUUAAGGUAAAUGAUCACUACCGUAACUUACUACCAGUCAAUAUCUGUGAAAAGUGCAAUACUGUGAUUCUAGAAACUAACACAUAUCUAAAAGAGAUUAAAAGGGUUAACACAGUGCUUGUAGACUAUUUAGAAAAUACCAAAAUAAAAGCAGAAAAUUCAUUACCCUUUAAUGAAAAUAGUGAAAUAAAUAAUUGUGAUGUAGAUUUUAACAAUACAGGUGAUACACCAAAUAGAAAUGUAUUAGACAACAUAGAAAGCAUAGAAUCUCAUAUAUGUCCAAUUUGUUCCCAGAAGUUUUCAAGAAAAACCAAUUACCUAAAACAUAAAAGAAAACAUCCUCAAUUGUAUUGCAAAAAUUGCCACACAUUUUUUGAAGAACAAGUGAAGUCAGAAAAUCAUAUAUGUAAGUUACACAUAAAGAGAAAGAAGAAUGGUGUGAAAAUCAAAGUUGAACCAAAAUCUGAAGAUAUUAAAGAUACUGAACAUAGGAGCGAGGAUUUAUUACACUACCAAUGUAAUCAAUGUUUAAAACAAUGUGAAAAUAAGAGAUCAUAUAAAACUCAUAUUCAAACACAUGAGAAAUUUACAUGCGAUGAGGAAAAUUGUUCGAAAGUUUAUGCAUCCUUAUAUUCACUUAAAACACAUAAGCUAAUCCAUGAAGGAAAAAGACCAUUUCUCUGUGUUGUGUGUGGAAAGGAUUUCAUUUCCAAAAAGUCCUUAAUUUGCCAUGAAAAGAUCCACUCAAAAAUAAAAGGCUACCACUGUGAUUUGUGUAAUGUUGGUUUUUCUAUAAGAAGCAAUCUGAGGGCCCACAUUAAAAAAUAUCACGAGUGCAUAAGGUUUCACUGCUCUCAGUGUCCCAAGGAAUUUAUGACGAAAUGUACUUUGGACAGGCAUGAAAAAACCCAUGCAGGUAUUAAAGAAUUUAAAUGUCAUGAAUGUACCUCAGCGUUUUAUACUAAAAGGGAACUGAUUAAACAUCAAAGAUAUCAUCAGGGUAUAAAAUUACACAAGUGCGAACAAUGUUUCAAAACAUUUUUCGAACGCCAUCAUCUUAUCACUCACGUUAGGAGCCACAAUGGAGAAAGACCUUUCGUCUGUGCAGUGUCUGAUUGUGCAAAGUCAUUCUAUGAUAAACAGAAGCUACGAAGACAUGAGAGGACUGUACACUGUGUUAAAAUGGAACGUAGCUUGUAAAUAAUCCAAGUGGCACAAAUAAUGUAUUGCAAAAAUGUGUCAUAUUAUGUAAUUCUAUCUUUUUCUGCUAUAAAAAAGCAUUAGGGAGUGAAGAGUGCUACCACAAAGUUAUUGUUUUGAGAUAAUAAUCAUAGAAACUUAACUUGUUUAAAAAAAAAAUUUUGUUUUUUGUAUGUCAUUUAUUGACCAAUUCUUAUCAAUUUUUUUUAGGCAUAGCAAUGCUUUUUACUUUUAUAUAAGUAUUACAAAAUCUAAAACUACUUUAUACAACUAGUGUAAUUAGAUCAUUUUCACUUGGCUUCUUUCACCACUAUUGUAUAAACUAUAUGUCUUCUAUUGCCUGUCUAUAAACAUUGCCUGUCUCUGGCAACUCUUCUCUAUGCUCUAAUUCCAAUAAAUUUUAAAUAAUUCUCUUAAUUUGUCUUGGUACCUAAAUCUCUGUCUUCCUAAUGCUUGUUGUCCUAUCGGCCCUCUUAGGUCAAAAACUUUUAUGACUAUGGCAUCCUCCUCUCUCCUAAUUACAUGCCCUAUCUAUUUAAAUUGUGCUACAUUAAUGAAUUUCAUGUCAGGUUCUCCAAAACUCGAAAGUUGUAACAUCUGCGCCACAAACCUUCUUUUUUAUCCGUCCAUAUAUUCUUAUUAGAAUUUUUGCUCAAAACAUUUGAGCAGUUCUUGGUCAUUUGGUGUAAGUGAACAAGUUUCUAUACUAUACGUUAGAACUGGUCUUAUUGGUGUUUUGUAGGCAGUCAAUUCAAUUUUUCUAGGUAGGCCAUUUGUCUUCUUAAGCCAUAGUAACACUUAUUGGUGAGCACUAUUCUUCUUUUAAUUUCUUCACUAACGUCGUUAUCUUUAGUUAGUAGCGAGCCUAAGUAUAUGAAGGUAUCGACCCCUUCCAGUUCUAGAUUGUCAAUUAUUAUUCUUAUAGGUGUCAGGUUGCUUGACCUAGUUCAACACAUAUAUUGGUCUUUUGAACAUUUAUAUUUAGCCCCAUUCUCAGUGCAGAUGCUCUUAACGAACGAAAUGCUUCAGUCAGAGAUUCUGUGGACCUACCUAUGAUAUCUAUGUCAUCUGCAUAUUCGACCAUUUGUACUGAUUUAUUAAAGAUAAUACCAUUCAUAUUAACUAUUUUGAUUGUGGAAAAUAAUUUUAUUAAAUACAGUCAAACCCGCUUAUUGGAAUAGCCUUCGUGUCAAGCAAAAGUAUUCCUAUAACAGGGAUAUUCUAAAAACCAAUCAUAUGUGCAUAGUAAAAACAUUUUGGGACUUCAGAUUUUUAUUCCUUAAACCAGUAUUCUAAUAAGCAGGUUCAACUGUAAAAUAUUUUUUUCAAUUUAAUUGUGGCUUAUUUCCCAAUCAAAAUAGUUAAUUAUAAAAAUGCCACAAGGAAAUAGCUUCAGAAUAACACCAUUCAUAUUAAUGUGCGAUUCUCGAAUUAUUUUUUCUAAUGCCAGGUUAAAUAAGAUACACAAUAGUCCAUUUAUGUCUUAGUCCAUUUUUGCAAUGGAAGGGUCUUGAGAAAUAGUUUUGGAUUUUUACCAUGCUCUCUACUCUUGUGAGUGUAAGUUAAGUUAAUUGGACAAGAUAAAGCAGUAUAGUUUUUACUAAUUCACAUACAAAGUCUACUUAAUCUCUUGGUCUAAAAGAUAUAGAAAAAAGUUUUCUAACAGAUAAAAGUAGGCAUAUCACAUUCAUUUUAGGAAAUAUGCGUCAAAAUCGAUGAGAUAUGUAUAAAGUUAACAGUUUUGGACUUAGUACCUACCUAAUUGUAUAAAUGAAUUCCAAAUAAAAAAUUAUAACGAUAUUUAA